GGCAGCUGAAGCAGAGCGAUCCGUAGCGGGGUGAACCUGCCGAGGCGGCGAUGGGACCAGCGCGGAGGAAUGACCGCUUGUACAGGAAUUUGGGCUGAACUGCAUCCCGCCCGGGACAGGGCUGCGACCGUCGGCUCGGUCCGACUAUGGGACAGCGGGAAUCGUUGUCCCCUUCCGAAGGCUUUAUAGGUUGUGUGUUUUUUUAAUGUAUUUUUUUUUUUAGAUAAGAAUGGAUCCGGUCAUCAAAUGGGUGCCAAAGUUGACCCGGCGGUGUCCUCUGGAUGUUGCGGUGCUGCUUCCGAGACUCGACUAUAGAUUCCGAUGCUUGUGGAGAUGCAACCUCUCCCCGUGGGACGGGGGGCAUGAUUUGCGGCUGUAAAUAACGGGAGCCGACGGUGGAGGAGAUAACGGAAUUACCUCUCGGACCGAAGAACUGUGCGUGCCGCGCCGUUCACUCUGGAUGUCUCCAGGAUUUCGCUUUGCUACGGACACUGGAGUCUUCUAGACCCUCUGGACGUUGUUGUGAGUUGUGUUGCUACUCAAUGCAAUGGGCUGCAUCCAGAGUAUCAGGUGUAAGCCCAAGAGUUUCCGAGACAGUGUCAUCGUCCUGGAGGUGAACACUUCCAUCGACCCCAACCCCACCAGCAUCGACGAGUCAUCCAGCGUGGUCCUGCGCUACCGGACACCGCACUUCCGAGCUCAUGCCCGGGUCCUCGUCCCGCCGGUAGCCGGCAAGGAGACGUGGACCAUAGGCUGGAUUCAAGCCUGCAACCACAUGGAGUUCUACAAUACGUAUGGAAACAAAGGGAUGUCGAGCUGGGAGCUCCCCGACCUGCGUGAUGGCAAAAUCCAGGCCAUCAGCGACUCGGACGGGGUGAACUACCCGUGGUACGGCAACACAACGGAGACCUGCACCGUGGUGGGCCCCACCAAGAAAGACAGCAAGUUCACCGUCAGUAUGAACGACAACUUCUACCCCAGCGUGACCUGGGGCGUGCCCGUCAGCGACAGCAACGUGCCUCAGCUCAGCGGCAUCCGCCGCGACCAGAGCUUUACCACGUGGCUGGUGGCCAUUAACCAGGCCACCUCCGAGACACUCGUGCUGCAGACGAUCCGCUGGAGGAUGCGGCUCCACAUCCGGGUGGACCCGGAGAGGCCUCUGGGCCACAGGGCUGCUCUGAGCGAGCCCGUCGCCCAGGAGCAGCCCCAGAUCCUGGGCAGGAACGAGCCCAUCUCCUCCAACGCCAUGGUCAAGCCCAACGCCAACGACGCCCAGGUGCUGAUGUGGCGGCCAAAGAGCGGCGACCCCAUGGUGGUGAUCCCGCCCAAAUACUGACCCCGCUUCACCGACCGGACUGGCCUUGGAUACCUUGAUCGUAUCGUCUCUUAUUUCUUCUCUUUUAUUUUGUUCCCGCUCGUCACCAGCUCUCAAACCUAAACACCCCCCCCUUUGGCCACUAUAUUCUUCUCUUUUGUACAAAAAAAAAAAAGACUGACGGAGGGAAAACCAACAAAGAAACUGGCUGGGCUGGGGGGCUUGAAAAAACGCUUUUGAAACCGGAGUGAACAAACUGCAACCAUUCUACCUUCGAACCGGGUCGGGCGCACUGUGCUAAACGAAAUCAUCGCAAAAAGGAAACCGGAAUAAUCUAUUCUGUUUUUAUUUUUAUUUUUCAGUGUUAUAUUUGGGCUGCUUUGGGCCAAGUGACAUGAGGGUUCGUGAGUGUGGGUGGAUUUAAGUAUUUAUAUAACCACGUGUGCACACAUGCUACACACAUGGGUAUAACCGGUUGUGUUUUUAUUUAUGGGAAGAUUGCAUUUAACUUAUAUGUUUUGUUGCAUUGGUUGGACAUACUAGCUUUUAGCCCUUGCAAGACAUUCAAUCCAUGCUGCCUUAAGUUUACAUUGCUUUCCAUUGCAAACUUUUUAGCCUUAAAACACAGUGCAAUGCAGUACUUUGCUCAAUCGCAAACCAGUCUCUUCCAGACGUGUUGGUGCUGCGACUUGCGUGUGGGUUUAGAACAGGGACGACACCACAGAAGAAGACCCGGGGUCUGAGGGCUUUUACACAACGGACGUAUUGUCCCGCGACUGCAACCGGCACCGUGCGUGGACGCGGUUACACAACCAGAGUAGCCAGUUGUGUUUCAAGUGCAUUACGCAACAGAUACAGAGGACACCAGUGAAGCCAACGCUCGUCAAUAGCGCUCGACACAGUUUAACGUGCAAUAGCAGACGUACUCGACGGCACUCCUGCGCUAACCUCAUCUCAUUCACUUUAUCCCGUCUGCAGGCUUUUAACACCGCAGCACCUGUCUCCCUCGCUGCGUUUCACCCCAUCUCAGGGCCCCUCGUUCUUUCACUUCCCUUUCUCUCGUUGCACGCAUCCUGUCGGGCCCGCUCGGGUCUCGGCACAAGCAAGCAACCGGGCCUUUCGGUGCUGACGUCGAACGAUCGAUACUUGGCGAAAACAGCCGAGGGGAAGUAACUGGAGCCUCGAAAACUGGAGGGUGAAAAACAGCGGGAUGCUUGCCGGGGGGGGGGGGGCGUCAUGUCUUUUUAUUUGCAACCGUUGCCUUUGUUUGAAUUACUUUCACCCCUGCUCGUUCAGUGCUAACUCUCCCUCAUCUUCAGUCAUCUGUAACCUUCACCGACCCCCCCCCGGAGUGCUUCUUUCCACCGGGCUCUUUUUUCUUCUUCUCUCAUUUCAGCCUGUUGUCGAGGCUGAAGAACAGGAAGCGUGCAAGUUUGACUUUUCGGGCCCUGCCAGUCGUUGCUCUCGUUGCGGAAAUGUGGGGGUUUCCCUCCUUUUAUUUCACUGGCAGUAACGGACAAACGCGCAGGCGACACACAGCUCUGGUCGGCUAAAUCCCAACAUUAAAUCAAAAGGAGGCCUGUUGGGCUGUUAAUCUUUGAGAAUUGCUUCAGCUGCAAACUCCACCACUUAAAAACAGGGCGAGAGGCUGAUUUUGGCAUCACGGGGAGGCCGAAAAAUGGGAAAAACAUUAUUUAUGCACACAAAAUCCUUUUGAAUCUGUUAAUGAGCUCUGUACGUUUUUCACUUUUAGAUGUUCCAAACAACUGGCAAGCUCCAAGUUCCUGUGUUUUGCCUCAAACCAAAGAAAUAGUUUAUGUGCAAGUCUUACCUGCUUUUGCAUUUCACAAAGAUCAGUCACGCUGCUAUUUUUGCGUAUCGGCGUCUCCUUGCCAGCAACGCUAGAAAGGAUUCACCCAUCAAACGGUUCAGGCGGCCUUUAUUUGUGUUCUUUAGGACGUUCUGUACAAAACUAAUUCUCUUGUGAAUGAACUCAUAAGGCGAGUACUACAAUUUGUUUUUGGGGGAAACAUUUGAGGGCGUGACUGAUAACAAGCUGUGUCCAAGCUAAAUAUGAACUGUGUAUCAAAGCUUAAAGCUGAGCUGAGCUCAUAUGCAUCACGCAUAACAAGAGCUCAGCUUAACCGGAGCUCAGACGCCAACUUGUGAAGUCCAUUGCACAGCCUACGGGCUGUGCCGCUUUGCUCACAUUAGAAACUACGUGCUACGCGUCGGCCCUCCUACCCGGAUUGGUUUCACGUCCGACCACGACAGCCUUUGCUCCGCGCCGGGUCGCGCGGUGAGAAGAGAGAGGCGCUAUUGGGUGACUGCUGUCAUAAUUAGACCUGCAGUGACACAGUUGCAUGCCCUAGAUGGGCUGAGCUGUGCCAAGUCGGUGUCACCCCGGGGGCCCUGAGCCACGGUGGAGGUUUGAGUGAGGUUAAAUAGCGAAAAAAAAAAAGGGUCAGGGUCAAAGUGUCUGUGUGCGAGGCGAGCUGUCAAAGUCCUAAAAUGUACCGCGCACAGUGGAGCGAGCGGCGGCAACGAAUGAAAUCCAUUUGGUCAUUAAAGCCGGCCUAAAAUAACAUUGACAUUUACCAAACCCAACUUGGAUGUCAACCACGAGUUGUUUCAGUUGGUGGUUUGUUUCGAACGCAGCAGAGAGCGCUCAUGUUAUGAACUCCACCACCCCUUCACCCGACGUAGUAUUUGUAUCUUCCCCCUCGUGUCUUGUGGAUAGUACUUGAGCUGGACUCCAUGUAAUGUAAUUAAACCACGACACGCAAACACGCACGCGUGUGUGUGUGUGUGUGUAUUUGUGUGAGCGUGCGCGGGUUAAAUCUCAUUUGAGGGACUUUAGGUGGGAUGAGGAGUCCCACUGUUGUGCUUCUGCUGUUGUUGAGUCACGAUUCUCUCGCUCUCUCUCACUCACACACACACACACACACACACACACACACACACAGUGCAUGAAAGGUUAUGUCCUUAUCAUAAAACACGCACACAGACACACACAAACCCCCAGGGGGGGGGGGGUGGGGGGGGGGGGGGGGGGACGGCACAGGGGCAGAGCCCGCCGUGGUGUCUGAUUGUCGCGGCGGCACACUGGCAGUGAGAAGUUAUUUAUCAGCCCUGCACAUGUGGAGCGUCUGCACACACGCACAUGCUACUAAGCCAUAUGCACAAACACGCCUGUUAACCAGGAACCAGGAGCGGAUACAUGCUUUAAUGUGAACAAGAAAAGGUACUGAGCUCAUUGAGUGGGUGCCUAUCAACUAUCAACAGCAUGUAUUGUAGAAUAAGGGCAAAUUGUCUUGUGUGUGUGAAUCUGUUAGUAUGUGUUAGUGAUUUCAUGUUACAUGAAGAACUUCAUAAAUGCUUUACGUGCUUUAUUAGCUGGGGGGGGGGCGGCACAUUGUGUGUUUGCUGUACUGGCCCUCUGCCAAAGGUGCCAAAAUUGGACAAAGCCAAAACUAUGCAGUAGGUCACCGUUACUCACAACUCUUGGCAUUUAAUAACAGGCCUGUUUUCAGUUGAUGUUUUUUUUUUUUUUUAAAUGCAUUGUGCAUAUUUGUGCAGAACGCCGCCACGUGGACGCUUGUUUUGUGCUUGUGGGGCUGAGCCGAGUGGACGAAAAGGGAGGGCUACUACCUUUGCUCGUGAUCCUUAUGUUGUGAUUCAACAUCCCUUUAUUCAAACCAAUAAGACGUCCCGGGUUUACACUCGGGAUCGCCUGCCUUCAUUUAUCCGACGUGGACUUUUGGUAUCUAAAUAGGACAAAAGUUAGUUUAGCUGUUCUCUCAAAAAUAAAAUCCACACAGUCCAUAUGGUUAAAGUAUAACCCUAAAUGUAGCACAGAAGAUGAAAUGAGUGACUUUGUAUGUUCCUCAUUUUGUUUAGUUUGUUUUCUGGGAAUCCAGCACUGAAUAAGUUAAAGCAGUUUGUGUGCUUUUGUUUAGCUUUGACUUUUACACCAAUACUUGAAAAUGGGUCAGUUCUGGCAAAUAUUUAAAACUGUGAAAAUGCACAACACCGGGAAAACAAACCCGGAAAAAAAUAAAUAUAAAAAAAAGAAGAUAUUUUUCAUCAAUGAAUAAAAUGUACAAACAUCCUC